AUUGACGUAAAGAGAACAUCACUGCCGCUGCAUCUGUUACUCCAAAACCGUCUGCAAUGGAGGAACAAGAACAACGGCAACUGUCUUCACCUGAAAUGGCUAAGUUCCAACUGAAAGACACCAUUGAAGCUCUCCUGAAGUUGACGCUUAUUUUAUCCAUCGAAGAAUCCCUGGAUUUAGGUUUGUCGAAGGAAUUUUGCUCUAAUCUCCUCAAGGACGACGAAGACGAUCGCACUUACCCCUCUUCAACUUCAAUUACAGAUCUGUCGGAAGGUGUUCCUUCAUAUCCCUUAUACAAGCACUUAGCAUCAGCUUUGUGCAAGUCGAUAUCCAAUGGGGCUGUUCAUAGUAUCAACGCCAGUAUUCCCUUGAUACAUGAAGAUUCUUCCAUGAAACAGAAAGAACGCGAGUGGAACAAGAUUAUUCUGGAAAAAGGAUCUGAUCUAGUUAAUAUGCUGGAGACUGUGGGGUUUGGACUUCAUGUUCAGGAGCCCUUUUUCUCACAAAUCAAAGAUGGGCAGAAAACAAUUGAAGGAAGGUGUGCUGGUGGUGACUACAACCGUAUUGAAUCAGGAUCUUUGGUUCUCUUCAACAAAUGUUUGUUGCUUCAAGUUCAUGAUGUUCAUUGCUAUAGUUCAUUUUCUGACAUGUUAGCAACUGAGGAUCUUGCUAAAGUUCUACCAGGUGUAGAAACCGUUGAAGAAGUGAACCUCCCUCUCUCACAACCACAAGGGGUACAAACUUAUAGGAGGUUUUAUUCGGAGGAAAAGGAAAGGGCAAAUGGUGUUCUUGCAAUAUUCCUUACAAAACCCACAUCACAGCUUUAUGAUCAUUUGGCAGCUAUUCUUGAGGCGCUGCAUUACGAAGGUGUUACGAGGCUUUUAGGCAUUUCACACACUGUAGGAACAAUUCCCGAUGCACUUCCCCUCCCAAGAUCUUCCUUGCUCUCUGCUUUUUCAACACCACAUAAUCCAAAUGUUAAAACUUCGAUUUUGAGUGAUGGAGCUAGGGCUUUGGCUAAGCAUGUAAAUAGAAGCAAUGGAAAAUUUUGGGGUUCCUUUGCCGGAAAUGAGUCUCAUAAGAAUAUGCUUGCCUUAAAUGUAAUCAAUCACUUGGUGGCCCAUUGUUGUUGGAUAAAUGCGCAUAUUGUUCCACCACAUGGGCCCGUUUUUGAGAUCCGAGUUCAUGAUGGUUAUGGUGCUCGAUGGGCCUUAAACCCACCCAAGUUCAUUGGAUUUCUUGAGCCAUACAUGGAGGAUGGUCAUGCAAGGGGAUGGAAACAUUAA